AAGGUGUCCCUCUCACUUUUUUCAUAUUUACAUGUAUACAAAUAUUUCAAGCGGUAAUUUUCGUGAGGUGGAGAAGACUAUAGUGGGUGAUUUUUAUGUGAAUCCCAGGUAUUCCAUCAGACUAGACGAUGGCGAACAAAAUCACGAAGAUAACGAAAACUCUGAUUAGGCACCGAUCUCAGACCCUCCUUACGGAUCCGGAAACCUUUUGUCCAGCGCAGGCGCAAGAGAAACAAAGGGCCAAGCCGUAUUCCCAAGUACCAGGCCCUAAAGCCAUACCAAUUUUGGGAAACACCUGGAGGCUGAUGCCCAUAGUCGGCCAGUAUGACAUUUCUGAUAUGGCAAGAGUUUCCUUAUUGUUGUACCAGGAUUAUGGAAAAAUCGUGAAACUAUCGAACCUAGUCGGUAGACCGGACUUGUUAUUUUUGUAUGAUGCUGAUGAAAUCGAAAAAAUAUACAGACAAGAGGGGCCAACCCCUUUCAGACCCUCCAUGCCAUGUCUAGUCAAAUAUAAAAGUGAUGUGAGGAAAGAUUUUUUUGGAGUAGAAGCUGGAGUUGUUGGAGUGCAUGGAGAGCCAUGGAGGAUAUUCAGAACCAAAGUCCAGAAACCUAUAUUGCAGCUUCGAACUGUCAAAAAAUAUAUAGAGCCUAUCGAAGCUGUAACAGAAGACUUCAUACAAAGGAUGUUAGAAAUGCGAGACAGCAACCAAGAAAUGCCACAUGAUUUUGACAACGAAAUUCACAAAUGGGCGCUUGAAUGUAUAGGAAGGGUUUCUCUGGACACUAGAUUAGGCUGCCUAGAUGCCAAUUUGCCAACAGAUUCUGAGCCUCAGAAAAUCAUUAACGCGGCCAAAUACGCGCUGAGAAAUAUCGCACUCCUGGAACUGAGGUUUCCUUUCUGGAGAUACUUUCCUACUACCAUAUGGACCAAUUAUGUGAAAAACAUGGAUUAUUUUAUCGAGAUUUGUACAAAGUAUAUAGAUGAAGCAAUGGCCCGAUUGAAAACAAAAGAGGUUAAGGACGAAAAAGACUUAUCGCUAGUAGAAAGAAUCCUGGCUAGUGAACCAAACCCAAAAACUGCCACAAUCUUAGCUCUAGAUCUCAUUUUAGUUGGGAUAGAUACAAUUUCCAUGGCUGUCUGUUCUAUUUUGUACCAAAUUGCAACAAGACCUGACCAGCAGCAAAAAUUGUACGAAGAACUCAGACGAGUUAUGCCAGAUCCACGUGAACCCCUAGAUUCGAACAAGUUAGAAGAAAUGGUAUUCUUGAAAGCUUUCGUCAAAGAGGUUUUCAGGGUGUACUCAACUGUUAUCGGUAAUGGAAGAACACUUCAAGAAGACAUGAUUCUUCUAGGAUACAAAGUACCAAAAGGGGUUCAGGUUGUCUUUCCUACAGUGGUAACUGGAAACAUGGCGGAAUACGUUAGCGAAGCUGACCAGUUCUACCCAGAAAGGUGGAUGAAAGGAGGGGAUGAAAAUUUCAAGCUUCACCCUUUUGCCUCCCUUCCAUAUGGUUAUGGAGCCAGGAUGUGCCUUGGCAGGAGAUUCGCAGAUUUGGAAAUACAAGUUCUUCUGGCCAAACUCAUCCGAACUUACAAACUGGAAUUCAACCACAAACCCCUUGAAUAUAAAGUUUCUUUUAUGUACGCACCCGAUGGUGAACUGAGAUUCAAGAUGACGAAGAGGAAAGAUUGAACAAACCCAAAUACUAUAUUUCUGUACCUUAAUGUUGAAAUCUCCAUGACAAAUU